AUGAUACCGAGCUCACGACCUCCAGCGGGGGUCACAUCGAGUAUCCUCCCGGCGACGAACGGUCCCCUGUCGUUGAUCCUAACGCUGAUAGACCUGCCAUUACACUACGCCUGUACUACAGUCCCAAACGAUAGGGUCUUAUGGGCGGCAGUCAUGGCGUUUGGGUCGAAGGGUUCACCACUGGCUGUGAUGGCACCGGCAGGUGAGGAUGGAAUAUGUUCGUGGUAUGACUCACCUCCCGGUGCCCUCACAGCCGAUGGAGAGAAUUACAGCCAAACCAACCUAACGGCCGCCCAUAAGACCCUACCAAUGGGGACGUGUGUAGAGGUGUCGUGUAAUGGGAAGUCUGUCGUCGUUAGGAUCAACGACAGGGGACCGUUCGUUGCCGGGAGGGUACUGGAUAUGAGCAGAGCUGCCGCUGAAGUGCUCGGUAUUAUUGAUAGUGGGCUCUGUCAGUGCAACCUUGCUGUUAUUCCCUUUUGUGUCUAAAGUUAAUUGAUCCAGCUAUAUGCAUAUAACACAUUUUUGUAUUUUUCAAUUCAAGCAAUGGUUACCUCUAUAAUAAAAAGUUGACAAUUGCAUUUAAUAUGACAUUAUUUUUAAAUGACCAAAAUUAUUAAAAUUAAUUAUAAUUAUAAAUUAUCUUAAAUUUUAAUAAAAAUUAAAUUUACUUGAAA